CCUUGGAAACCUUCUGUCUUUCCCUUUCCCCUUCCGUUGCCUACUCCCUUCUCCCUCUUGCAAAUGUCUCAAGCGUUCUCAAAGUCUCCCAAACACUGUGCCAAGCAAGGACUAAGCAUUGACAAGUCCUACAAGAAAUUAUUUUUUGCCUUCUCUGCAUUUUUUACCACAGUUUUAGCAUUUAUAUUCCUCAUCUGGCUUAUCCUUCACCCUGCAAAACCACAGUUCUCCCUCAGAGAAGCUAAUAUCUACCAACUCAAUCUCUCAGGCCCUCACCUUCUCAACUCUUCCAUCCAACUUACCUUGCUCUCCAAAAAUCCAAAUAAAAACGUUGGCAUUUACUACGACGAGUUGCAAGCUUAUGCUGCAUAUAAAGGGCAGCAGAUAACUGUUGAUACCUUUCUUCCUCCUUUCUACCAAGGAAAUGAAGAAAGCAACCUCUUAACUGCAUCCUUAGAGGGAACAGGGCUGCCUGUGGCUCCAUCCUUUGGUUAUGAAGUCGGGCGUGAUCAGACUGCUGGGAGAAUAGUCCUGAACCUGAAAGUAAACGGAAAGCUUAGGUGGAAGGUUGGGACUUGGGUUUCUGGCAGAUAUCGCUUUAACGUUAACUGUGUUUCUGUUAUGGCCUUUGGACCUACUGCCCCAACAGCUCCACUGAGUUCAAAUCAAGGAACUCGGUGUUCCACUGCUGUGUGACCUUCUGAGAUGGCAUGUUAACUAACAUGCUUAGCAGUUAUUUUAGUUCUAUCUUUUGAAUUGGAAGCUUUUAUCAGAUUGAUGUUCUAUAGAAUUUUCACUGUUUAUGUAUUGUAUUCUGUAAACUAAAUUUAUCACAAAGAUUGAAACUUUAAGGAUUGUAAUGUCGUAAGUGCUAAUGAAAAGCUUUAAGGAUUCUAUGUUUAUCAUUGUGGCCGGAUUUUGCUUGCAAUGCUUGGUGGAGGAUAAAAAAGAAGGUGCAUAGCUUCUUUUUUUUAGUGGAAAGAUGAGGAGGUAUUGUUUCACCUUUGCUCCAUUGGUUGUUCAAUGAGCAGGAAGAAAGACAAGUGGAAAUAGGGGUGAUGGUGGAUGAGAUUCUAUCGGAAAGAAAAAGGGCUGCAAAAGGCGGAAAAUAGGUGCUUUGGUGAUCAAGGAAUCAUCAAAUUCCAUGUCAACGACCCUUUA